CAAGUUUAAAUUUACUAAAGCUUGUUGUAGUCGUCGUGAAUUGACCAACAGCUGUUUCCCGCCAAUUAUUACUCAUUCUACUUGCUGCGUUACGUCGGGUUGUUGUACAUCUCGUUAAAACAUUUGUAAACAAAUCAUUUCUGCAAACAAAUACUAACAGUUUUAGAGUUGUGAUUAAUUUCAUGAUGUCUGUGGAUAUAAGGAGUAGUGAUCGAAGAAGAUACAUGAACGAAUUACAAGAAAGGGAGAAAGAAAUUGCUGCCGGACUUCUCAAGUAAGUUGUAGAAAGUAGUACGCAUGUCUGUCACGCAUAAACAUUGUAGUACGAGCGCGUGGUCUUUAGAGUACUAUCUGCUUGUUAUUGAUAAUUUCAUCUCUUUUAUCGUAAAUUAGUCGCCAAUUUAUAUUUAUAUUAACGCAAUUUCAUGCUGCCCAUACAGCUAUAUAUUUUUUGUGACAUUUUGUUUUUUGCUGGCUUCUUUAUUUUAAUAUUUAAAAUUUCAACUGUCAAGAUAGAAGGCAUGACCCCGCCAUGACUGAAAACUGAAUUACACAGCCUUGUGAACCCUUUUCGGCUCAUGUUCCUUUUGUAGAUAACCAAUUCCUGAUUCAUAGUCUUAAACAUCAGCUGAUUUUGAAUUUUUAAAAAAUCUAUAAGCUAUAUUUAUUGUUGAUUAUUGUGUAGAAAAACUAUAAAACUAUGGCUAGGCCUAAAUUCUAAUAAGUCCGCUGAUUAUCAGCUGUUAUUAGUCACGUUUUAGCUUCGGCCUAAUAAUUUGUCGAUUUCAUUUAUUCAUACCAGUAGCCAUUAAUUUCGGACUUUUCUUACGCUUACCAAACUUAGAUUUAAUUGAUUUAUGAGACAUGACAAUCACAAUGGCACAAACAAUUUAUGAAGUUAAGCUUUAACUUAAAUAAUUAUUUUUGGACCAGUUAUAAAAUCAAACUCGUCUUCAGAUGCCUUACUUACUUUAUCAGUUACAAUUAAAGCAAAAAAACAUUAAUAUAAUUAAUAACAAUUAUUUAUUAAAUUUAAAUAAAGUAUUAUAUUAUAUUCUACAUGUAUGUGUGACAAUGCUUAAAGAAGAAAGAUAACGAUUAAAUGAAUCAUACUGACUAAUAAUGUGCACCGUUGAAAAUCGUUUCAAAUACAAGUAUAAAAAAUAAUACUUAAAAUUAAAAGCUUUAUUACUUUUUUUUUUUUUUUCAGUUCAGUUCAGCCCUUUAAUAAUUACUAUAACUUACCGACUAUUACUAUUUGUUAAAUUUCUUUAAAAACUAUAGGAAAUAAGCUUUAAUUUGUGCUUUUUAAUUAAAGCUAGGCUUAACUAUAAUAUACAAAUUACAAUUAUUAAAAUUAGAUCAAUGCCUUAAAAAAAUAUAAGUUGUUAGUAAUUUAGCCAAGGCCUUAAUGGCCUUUUAAAAUUUACAUUAGCAGCCUAUGAUUUAUUUAUUUUUUCCACAUUAUAUUAGUAUUUUAUGCUAGUUUGUAAUAGUAAUGUCAUGUAGUAAGUUGUGAUGUAUAUUUUCAUUGGCUACGGACCUUUAUGAUUCUCUUUGGAGGGAUUGCGACUGUUAUUUUUCCUAUUCUAUGGCAUGCUGCAAUCAAAAUAUUUUCUACUGAUUAUAGAUUAUUAAAAUGGUUGCUGACCCCUAUGCCAGCUUUUCGCAUGUACUGGGUUGGUUCAAAUUAGUUUUAGGAACGUCAUUUCCAUGUUUUUUUGUGUGUGUUUUUUUGGGAGGGGGGGGGGUAAUUCUAACCCUGCCCUACCCACAUGACGUCCAGUUUCAAAUUAGUUUUAGGAACGUCAUUUCCAUGUUUUUUUGUGUGUGUUUUUUUGGGAGGGGGGGGGGGGUAAUUCUAACCCUGCCCUACCCACAUGACGUCCAGUGUAAUGUAAAUUUAUCUUACAUAUAUUUGUCGCAAGUCCAGUUUAAUCAUUAAAUGCUAUGCCUUUUGUUUUUUUUUAUAGUUCCGUUUUUUUUUAAAGGCUAUGUUAUAAAUGAUAUGAAAGUUAUGACUUCAGAGUGGAAUUGGUAGAUGUCCUUAAUGCCAGAGUAGAUAGUUUAGAUUAUUUAAUAAUGCGGCCUCAUUAAUGGGAGUUCGUUAAAAAACUUGGCAUAACUUAUAGCACAAUCAUUUCAUCUCUUUAGUUUUGUAUAUACGUUUAAAAGGGUUUUUAUAAGAAUCUAUAAAAUAAUUAGAUUUAAUGUGAGCAGCACAAACAUGUUUUGGUGUCUCGUUUCUGUUGCUGUGCGGUACUGAAUUACUUGACUAAAAGCCACGCGGUCGGACUGUACCAUGGUAUUUCAAAAUCCUUGCCCGUCGUAUGGAAUGUGCGGAGGGCCUCGUCACUCAGGUGAACUCUAGGACUACGCCAUUGAUGGCUGCAUGCCAGCGGUUAUUCGCCAGGCUUAUGGCACACAGCCAAAGUUAUUUUUAAAAAAUGAACGAAGAAAGGGGGUAGGGGAUCCCCUUGUACAAGCCCUACCUCUAUACCAGUAGCCUUCAGGUGGACAAAUAGGCGAUUCCAUCCAUCCAUCGGCUCCUUUUUUUUUUUACAAUUCUUACUACGUCUGCGAUUGGGUUCCCCCCUUAUCCAUGUUCUUGUAUCUCCACGGUAAUUGUAUCUGCUUUUUUUUCCCCCCUCUCUUUUUCUAAAUCUUUCCUUCGCAUCAUUCUUUUGGAAUUUUCAUGCGCGCCUUAUCUGCACUGGUCUGGCCUCUUUUUAUUCCACUUUCCCCUUCACUGGUUUUAUUGAAACCAUUUGUGUGAAUUACCUGUGCAGACAAUGCCGUAAAGAUGGAAUUUACCCAGGUUUGUGACAAACAACCAAUUAGGAUGUUAUCAUGGGCAUAGGCUCUUUCGUUGUCCUCGUCUAAAGCCAGGCCUGCGGGAGUCGACGUCAGAUUGAGCGUCGUGCAGAUGAUCCGCUGCUCAUGCUAAUAAUUGUUAGAGCAGUGAAUUAAUUUCGUGGAAAGAAUUUAUGUUCAGACUUGUACGCUGUAGAAAAUGAGAAGUAUUAGGAGUAUUAUUUCACUUUCUGCCCGGGCUCUGGUUACCCUUUUUUUAAAGUUGUCUCUUACCAUUUGUUGUUUUUUUUUCUGUAUCGUGCAUGUCUGUUGUAAUGAUGAGUCGAUUGCUAUUUGAUAUUGUUUAUUUCUCUCCCCCCUUCCCCACCUUUAAGUGGCAGUAGGCUUAAUGGACUGUUUAACUUUGUUUUUUACCAGGGUAUCACAGCCGGCCUCGCCCAAAGCCCUACAAGAAAACGAGAAGAGGAUGCGCCGAGAGAUCGCCAACAGCAACGAGAGGAGACGCAUGCAGUGUAUCAACGCCGGGUUCUCAAACCUCAGAGCUCUGAUCCCCAACCUGGAGGGGGAGAAGCUCAGCAAGGUAAUUAUAUCUGAUUGUUCUUGUCGUCUAAUCCGUGACAUUGCUGAUAUUUGUCCGUCUCAUAGUGAUUUAAAUCCCUGAAAAUUAUUUUCUAUUAUAAGGUGGAGACCUGCUCGGGUGACUGAGCCUUGCAUUCAGCUUAGAUUUUGAUGUAGGCAGAUAAAGGUUUUGUAGAUAACGUGAGUCGAUGACAUUAUUGCGACAUACGGCCUAAUAACGUUAUAGAUCACAUCACAGAGCCUUGUGGGGGUGAUCUUCUCUCUCUUUUUCCCCCCCCCUCCCCCUUAUAUUAAAAAACAAAUAAUAAAAAAAAAACAAAAAAAAACUGGAUUGCAAUGGGCAUGAUUGAGUGUUAAUGUAUUUAUUUGUUUAUGUGAGAAGUUUGCGACACUUACAAAAGGGAUAAAGCUUUUAGGUAGAUUGAGACACAAUUUAUAUGAAUAUUACAUCUCACGUGUAUAUCCUACCUAUAUGUAAAAAAAAUGUAAGCAAAGAAUAGGAAUGUGCGCAAAAAUACCGUACUGCAGACCUGUUCACCCUCAAACUCUUACAAUCGUACAAAAUCGUUCAAUAUAUAAUCUCAAUAGUUUAAAAAAAUAACGUACAGUAUAUAUAAUGUAUACACUUCAAACUCGUACAUUGUACGCCCAAUUCGUCAAAGUAAAUAGGUCUAGUACUACCAAUCUUGGAAAUGUGGCAUUGUCAUUUCUGGAGAUUUAUCCACAGCAGAUCUUGAUUCUCUCUCCCACCCUUAUUUAAAACUAUUAUUUGUUUUAAUCCCUGGCCUAGUUCUUUUGAGAACACACAAACACCCCCUUCCCUCUCCCCAUUUUUUUUCUCUUAAACUUAGGGAUUGGCCACCUUGAAAGUAGGAUCUAAUCUUACCUGAGGGCUACUAUGUGGGGAAACCCUGGUGGGGGUGGGGGGUUGAGCUCCAACCGGGAACUGUAAUUUUAAACCAAAUUUUAAAAAAAAAUUGGACUUGCGAUUUUUACCAUUAGGGCGCAUUUCCGGAUUAGGUUCAGUGCCUGACAAAAUGCUGUCGGUUAGGCUGGGGUUCUACCGACAUCCUCUUUUGACCGGUGUCUUUCAGCCAGCAGUGAAAUGUCACAGCUCAAGUGCGCAUGCCCGGAAGUACUUAUUGUGUAUGUAGUAGCCAAGACCCUCAAUGAAACUUGCCCGACCGGUUGAUAAACGGUAACCUAAGCAGCGUGGUGUUCAUGAAUGGAGCUGGGAGGCGGGCAUACCGAUUGAUCACUGGAGCAUUGCGGGCUCUGCUGUGAGAUUUAAAAGACUCUUUUUUUUUCUCACUUUUAUCUUGUCACUCAUUCAUAAAUAUUGACGUACUGCAUUUGAUAAGUACAGGGAAUACGAAUGAAAUUAUUUUGAUUUGCAAACGAAAUAAAUGCGCCUGCAUACAACAAGGUAGAUACCUAAAAUAUCAUCUGGAUAAAUGCCGCUGAACUUAAGAAUUAACCUUGAAUGGUGUCGUCUGUCAAAUACAUGGGACCCAGUCGUACCUGACGCGUGGGUUGUUUCGUCUCGGUGACCAAUUUGAAUGGGUGGGGGGGGGGGGGGCAAGAUACACUGAUAGCUUGGUAUUCCCAAGAUUUGGAGGGGUGUUGAGCUGAGAUUAUGGGCCUUUCGCCUAAAGUCCUAGUUGAAGAAUUGUAAUGUAAGCAGCUAUUUCAUUCACAGGAUACCGAAGUAUUCUGGUUACUGCCGGUUCGGAAUGUAUGGGAUUGGCUUCCGAAUAUUCAGACAGGGGUCCUCACUCAUUACUCUCACUUGUCGUGUGUCGGGUGUAAUUUUUUUAACUAGCGUUGAUUGUUGUUUUUUGUCUAACCAUACACGAGGUCCCUUGAACCCAUAUAGCGUCUUGUUGGUAGUUAUCCUACUUGUUAAAUGUUUUCAUGGGUCGGCUCAACUCUGUGAGUGUGGGCAUUUGUAAAUGUUUCGUCAUCAGUUGUGAACCUUAAUUAUAGUUUUUUUGUUUUGUUUUAAAAACUUUUACCCACCAAACCUUUAACUAGCCUAACUUAUAAGACGGACGCCAUCACACACACCAUUCCUAAAGUCAAAACUUUCCUAAUUAAAUCACAUCUUUCCUGGUGUUGAUGAGGAAAUUUCACUGAUUUCCAGUGCCACUUUGUGAGGGAACCAUGCACUUGGGGUUUGAAGGCUUGAGGCAAUAGGCACAAAUGUGUCUAGUGUUGUCGCCUCAACCAUUCCUUUUGAAAGAUUGUUCCAGUCCCUGAUUGUCUUGGGCAGGAAUGAGCAGUUCCUAUGUUAUGUGUGCGCUUCAUCAUGGCUGAAUACUUAGUGGGACCACUGGUCUUGACCAUAUGCCCUAUGCCUAUACCCUAAUCGCUCUGCCGUAAACUAAAUACAUCGUCUGUCUUUUGAGUCAUGGCAAGGCGGUGACUUUUCGUCUACCAGGGCAGAACUAAUGAACAUUUAAAUAGACUAGCGGUCUAAAUGGCUCUGCGUAGACUGGAUCUACCGUAUUAACACACUUAAUGGCAUUCACGGGGUGUUUUUGUGGCUGUUUUUUUUUUUUUUUUUUUGAGUCAUGGCAAGGCGGUGACUUUUUGUCUACUAGGGCAGAACUAAUGGACAUUCAAAUAUACUCUAGCGGUCGUGCAGAGGAGACAUUUCUAUGCACAAGAAAUAAUGGAACACGGACCUAGCUUUCAUUCAUAAAACCGCAUUUGAACUCUGCCUCGUUCCGAACUGUCUUUAUGUUGAAUUCGUUUGGAAUAUUAAGUACUGAAAAGACACUAAGUUGUCCGUUUCCACAUGCUCACGCUGAAGGCGUAUUUGAAAACUACUUAUUAAACAGUUCCAGCCCUUUAACAAUCGCAUGAAUGACAUGUAAAUGUAGCCGAGUUGUGAGUCACAUUUAGUUGGUCGAGCUAAUAGUGUGUGCGUUUUUAUUUUUAAUUGGUUAGUUCAAAGUUAGCAGGAGUCAGUGCUUCGUUCCCGUCAAUGUCGGUCUAAUUAUUUAAAUUAUGUGACGAAAUGUUGUUAAAACCAUGGUAGCUUCUUGACCCAAAACAUCACGCCGCCUAAAGUUAAAGAAUGUGGUGGUUGGGCAUCUUGACAUACGGUGACGACAUUGAAUAUAUAAGGACCAGGCACUGGUUGCUAGUUUUCUUUUUUUUUUUUUUUUUUUGAGACUGUAAGUGUAAAAGGGACAUGAUCUCUCUUUUCUUCUUUUCAAAAAAAAUGAACCCAAAAAUAAUAUCUUCAAUUGUUCAUCACCCCGGAGUCUCCCCACCCUUAGUUGAACCAACAUACCGUGGAUCUCGUGUUGUAUGCUGGGUAGGGGUAGUGAGUCACUGGCGUGGUGGCUAUUUAGGUCAUAGCCUUCUCAUGCACUGAAUCACUCAAGCCCGGUGGUUGUGUCUCGCCGCUGUCGCUCUACUUUGCCAAAGCCAGGGAGCAGGCCGGCCCGGCGAUUGUCUGUUGGCCAAUGGGACGCUGCCAUCAACGUGGUACGAUGUGGUCUUGCCAUAAACCCCGCGAUGGGGUGUGGGGCGGGUGGGAGAUGGGUGUGUGUUGACGUCUGUUUUACUUGGUGUCUCAGAUCGAUUUAUUGGGCAAUGAAUGUGUGUGUGGGGGGGGGGGGGGGGGGCCAUGGGUAAAGGCUCAAGGGUCAUUCUAAACUUUUUUUUUUUUUUUAUGGGGGGGGGGGGGGGGGGGGGGGGGGGGGGGGGGAGGGGGGAGGGGGAUUUUUAACUUUUUUUUUUUUUUUUUUAAUGAUCCGACUUACUUAAAACAGCCAUGUUUUACUGAACAGAAUGCUCCGUCGUUAAUAUUAAUUAACCUUGCCUCCAUCCGGGAUUCAGUGCAAAUCGUCCAUGUUUAUCAACAUCGCACGAUGUCUAAUUAUAGUUCGUGUUCGUGUCGAAUACAAAAGGUUAUUAAAAUAGCCAACACACCUUAAGUCACCAAGGUCCUUUUGUUGUUGCUUUGCGUGUGUGUGUAACAUCCACACCCACCCCCAUAUGUCACGUGGGCUUCUUUAACCUCGAGUAAUCACGAGCGCGUGACAUAGAUUAGAUUGUUUGUGCUCUCGGUUCUCAUUCAUGACAUAUCACCGUCAUCAGCUGAUAGGCGCUAACAACUGACCGGUGUCACGAAAUAUUAAUCACGAUGCAAUUAUGUCUAUUGGAUGUAUUUUUUUAAUAGACCAAACGAAUCCACUAAUAAAAACUUAAGGUUGUUUUUUUUUCGAUAUUGGAAAGGCCCCUAUUAAUUCGUCUGCUGUAUAUAUAUAUUAUAUAUAUAUAUAUAUAUACACACACACACACACACACACACUUGUCUCACCUGGGUGUUGAAGAUGUUUUUCUAUAUUUGGGGAGGCAUUUUUAUUUUUGUUUGCCGAGUAGAAAUGUUAUCGUUUUCAUUUGAAAUGAUAUAAUUUUAUCUCAUAGUCUCUAUCUCUCGUUCAUCACCCCAGGCGGCCAUUUUGCAACACACAACUGAGUACAUUACAACACUAGCCAAUGACAAGUCAAGGCUAGAAAUCCAGCUUGAUCACUCCAAGAGGCUCCUUGCCGAGUUGGGGCAGGACCGCCUGGUCACCGACUCCUAUGUGUCCAGCUCCCCUCCUCCGUCGAAGCGGAAAAAAAGGGAUACAGGUGUGUGACUAUUUCAGUUAAAGACUUAAUUUCCUAGACAGAAAAAGUUUCUUCACUUGGAAAAAAAAAAAAUCUGUUAAAUAUGUAAGAAUGUGAUUUAUGUUGCCUCGCAGUUUUUGUUGCAUUAUGUUCUUUCAGUUAGAUGUAGUUGUUACUAAUAUCUUGCUUUUCCUGUAUUUAGAAUCUUCAGAUGAAGGUGUGGGCUCCCUUUCUGAUGCCUCUGAUGAAGGUGGGUCAGAGCUCCAGAAUGAAAAUGUAUCCUUACGUCACCAGUUGGAGGCCCAGCGACAGCAGUGUGCUCACCUGGAAGAACGUAAUCGUCUUCUGGAAGCGCAGAUCCUGUCUUUGCUGCAAGUUCAAGCCGCCCAUACAAACACGCUGAGUGUAAGUUGCAUGGUAUAUUGUUUGGAGAGAUAAUUAAGAUGAUUCAAAUUAUUUGCUGACUAAAUUUUUUUUAUUGUAGAAUAGGUGUUGAAAUUGACAACAAAUUGAAGUGAUAAUAUAAUGGUUAUGAUGUUUGAUUUUGAAUAUUUUAUGAAAUUAAUAUUCAUUUUUUUUUCACUCCCAUAGGAGAUGCAUCCAGUCAACCUAGAAGUGAGACAGCAAGAGUCUCUAUAUAACCGUGAGUUGGCUGAAGUCAUAUCAACACGAGAAAACUUUGUUCCAUCCCCUAGAGUAGAAAGUUUCCAGCCGCCCCGACCGCUCUCUCCAACACCUGAAAGAGGGAUGUCGAUGGAUGCUCCAAGCAGAAUGGAUACAUCCUCUCCUGGUUAUAUGAUGGUUCCAUCGUCGCAGAAGGAGGUUCCUAACACAACAGGGGUGAAAGUGGAGAUAGCAUAUCCCCCGAUGUCAAGGGUUGAGGACCCUGCACCCAUCACAGUGCCAUCUGCCAUAGCAACCGCCCUUGCCAGUCCAGCCAGUGACAACCAUCACCAUCAUAACUACUGCCAUCGUGACCAUCCCCGCCGCCGUCAUCGCCAACAAGCGCAGCUAGAACAGCAGCGAGCUGAGGAGGAGCUGCGACGUCAACAACAGGAGCAGCAUGAUGUGGUGAUGACACCCGUGCCCUUCAGGCCGAAACACAACACUCAAAAUCUUGAGAACCUGGUUGAAGCCAUUAGGCAAAUUGAGGGGGAUAGAGUCUUGUGCGAUGAAGGCCACAGACUGUAUGAUGUGCGUCAGUCCUUGGUGCACUCAGAAGAGAGUGAGAGGGAAACGAGUAGCAUCAGUGACCAGGAUGAGUUCAGAUCUGAGAGCUCUGGACGUGACUCACCACCACAUCAUCAUCAUCUGCAGCAGCAGCCUCAUCAAGUUAUUGUGACACAUCAGCAGACGUCCCCAGCAACCACAGCCCCAAGCAGUAGCGUCAGUAGCCCAAGCAGCAGUUUCUCGGAAAAGUACCCCAUCGCCACCCAUCUGCUGCACCGCCCCCUCCAUCCAUCCUUCUACAGACCAGGGGUCAUUGUACACAAACAGUGACAGCCUGUCACAUCACUUGACUUUAGUAACAACUUAUUUAAGAUUGAACUUCAUCAGUUGUGAGACAUCAGAUACUUAAGCAGUGUGCCUGUUACUUGAACUAAAAUUAAAGAGUUGGAUGGCUAUACGGAAGGAAGGCUUGCUGUUUUUAAAAUAAUAAAAUUCCCCCCAAAGUUUAUUGAAAUUGGAGAAAACUGUGUUCCCUGUCAUUCAAAUUUAUUCACUCACAACACAAUGGAUUAACAUCAUGAGAGUGCAGCUAUCAGCAUAUUACUGUUUUACCAUACUUUUAGAGCCAUUAACUGUGGCACAUUAAACUGUGGAAUACUCUGUGUUACAGUAUUUCACCUGGAGUCUACAAAAUGUUGGGAACUGAGAGACAGUUAAUGCAGGAUACACAGGUGGGCUUUACAGAAAAGAGGGAUUCUGAUGUUAACGAAAAAUAUUUAUCCUUCAUUUAAUAUAAAUUCAGUUACAUUCUUUUCUUUUAUUUUGAAACGGGUUGCAAUGAAAAUGAGCAGACAUGCUCACUUAAAAAAUUGUAAAUUAUUAUAAUUCAUGUUGUGUUACAAUUGUUUACUUUUAAAUUUUUUAUCCAAAGCCUGUUUCUGAAAAACUUCCAAAUGUUUCUAUCGAGAAAGAUAGUCAUACACCCUAAGGUUUCCUCAAGAAAUUUUAUCAAUUUUUUUUUUUUUUAUAUUUUUAUUAUUGUUGCUUUGUUACAAUUGUUCAGGUUUUUUUUUUUUUUUAAAUUUUAAUUGAGGUUCAUUUUCUGACACUAUUGGUAUAAUUUAAAUUUGUAAUUAUUUCUCUUACUAUGCAGUGGUUCUUAAACUUGUGGAACUUGUUGCUUAAGAUUUUUUUUAUUUUUUUUAAAUUAUGUGUGAGAGAAGUUCCCUUGAAGGAUUUUUAGAACAAAGGUUAAGAACCACUGCUCAAUUGCCUUGUUAAUUUCUGUAUGUACAGCUACUAAAUACUAAAGGACAUGUUCAGCAAUCACUGAAUCUAUAUAAGUACUGGAUCAUUUAUACAUAUAGUCAGUAAUUUAUUUAUUCAACAGCUCAUGUGUAAGAUACCACCAUCUCCAUUGUAAGCCUCGGCUUAUCUACAUCUAUUUAUUGCAACAAUUUUUUUUUUUUUAAGUCAAACAAUUUUUAAAAAAUCUAUUUUUAUACUGUAUUGAUGAAGGAAAGUGUCAAAAUUGUUUUUUAAAAAAUGAGUGUAAAUAUAUAUAAACCAUCACCAUUUGUUGUUGUAGUUUAUUUAUUCCUGUUGGUUUGAUUUCAUUUCUCUCUCUCUUCCUAUUCAACUUGAACCCACAUGAAUUUGAAUGAGACAAGCUGGUUAUUUAUCAUUGAUGAGUGUACAGCAAUAAAUGCUGGGAUAAUGUGUUACUUUUCUCAAGGCAUGAAUUAGGUGUUAAAAUACUCACACGAGGCGUGAUGAAGAGUUGACUAAAAUUGGAAAUUUUGAAUCCCUCCUUUUAAGAGAUAGACAUCCAAGAAAGAAUUAUGUUGAAAAACUUUGGUAAAACUAAAUUUUUUUCUUGUUCAGAUACAACAUAAAAGUCUCAGUCUACAAAAGUAAAAAUCUUUAACUUUCAAAAGAAAAAAAAAAAGUUUUUAAUGAGUUUUAAUAGAAAUAUUUUCUGAUUUUUUUUGUCUGGCUAGGAGUUUUUAAAAAAUAUUGUGUACCAGCAUCUCUAGAUUUUUAAACCAGUAUCCCUUAUGUUUUUAACCAUCCUUAUUUUUCAUGUAGACUGUAGAGCUGUUUAGUUUCUAAAUCAUUUGUAGUAAGAAAGUUGAGAUGAAACAUUGGC